UAUUCAUUAAAAGAAUAACUAGAGUAUGAGCGACGAUGGAAGGCAGCGUUCAGUUCAGUGAAAUUCAGCAUUUUUACAAAAAUUCCACGGUUUUCCUAACCGGGGCUACCGGAUUCGUGGGGAAACUUGUAUUGGAGAAACUUUUGAGGCAGUGCCAUGUGAAACACGUCUAUCUACUCAUCAGGGAAAAAGAUGGAGUCGACGCUGAAACUAGAUGCGCGAAUAUCUUCGAUGGGACAGCCUUCGAUCCCUUGCGAAGAAUUGACCCGGAGUUCUUCAAGAAGGUAUCCCUAAUCGCGGGAGACUGCGAAAAACCAGAUUUGGGUCUAAGCGAGCUGGACAAGGCCUCGUUGAUCAAGGAAGUCGAAUUUAUUUUCCACUGCGCAGCAAAUACCAAGUUGGAUGCGACCUUAAGAGAAGCCACUAAUGUGAAUGUUAGGGCGACAAGAGACUUGUUGAAUAUAGCAAAAGAAGCGGAAAACCUUAAGGCUUUCGUGUUUAUUUCAACGAUUUUCUCCAACUUCACAAAAUUUGAGAUCCAUGAGGAGAUAUACGAAUCGAAAAUAUCAGGAGAAAACCUUAUCAACGUAGCGAACGCGCUAAAUGAUACUAUUUUGGAGCAAGUUCAAUUGAGCUUAUUAUCUGACUGGCCUAAUAACUACACCUUUACAAAGCAAGUAGCAGAAGGAGUGAUGAAAGAAGAAGGCAAAAACAUUCCGACUAGUAUGAUAAGAGCAGCUCAUAUAAUACCUGCUGUCGAGGAACCUUGUGCUGGGUACGUAGAAAACGUAUAUUCCCUCUCUGGCUUAGCCGUGGCUAACGCCUUGGGCGUCAACAGGGUGAAUUACUACAAAAAUGGCAAUCUAGACGUGAUACCUGUAGACUACGUCGUCAGUCAAUUGAUCGCUUCAGGGUGGUACGCUGGACUUCAAAAACUGAGAAAGAAAAGGGGCGACAUUACAAGUACUGAGGUGCUAGUAUACCAUUGCACUACCUCUCAAGAAAAACCGUUAACCAGUGAUGAAUGGAUGGGAGUUACAGAGACAGCAAGCAGAGAAGUGCCAUCUGCCAAGAUGAUCCGGUUGCCUCUAACGUUUAACACAGCUUGCUACUACAAUUUUAAAUUGUUAACUUUUAUUUUUCACACUUUCAUGGGCUUUUUGUGUGAUAUGCGUUCGAAACUAGCCGGAAGAAAUUCAACGAUAGUUGAGGGGUACAAGAGACUUCACCAUCUCCAGGAACAAGCAAGCCCAUACUUCUUCAAGCAGUGGUACAUCUCCAACGACAAUGCCCAAAAGCUCUUGAAGAGAAUGUCUUUCAAGGACAGAGAGCUGUUCAACUUCGACGUGCUGACGAUAAAUUGGGAGCUCUACUUCUCCAAUUUCGCCAGAGGUUUGCGGGUGUACAUAAUGAAGGACCCAAUGUCCACUCUGGCCGAGGGCAGGAAGAAGCUCAAGAGGAAAUUGAAGAUCCAGUUGUUGUCGGCAGCUUUCCUAGUUGUGUUUCUUUAUGUUAUCAGUAAAGUUAUUCUGUUUAGGGUUAUUUUUAGAUAAGUUAAGGUUGGUUAAUACUGAUUUAGCCCCUAUUUACAGGGAGUAAAGUGUUAUUUUAGUUCCCGUUACUUUAGUCCUUAUGACAAAAACAAACACAUACUAAUGCGAUUCAAAAUGCAAGUUAAUUUGACAGCUGUUAAGGUAAGCUUUUACAGCUGUGGAAACUUACCUUAACAUUGAACAUAGAAAAUUUAUGUGUGAAUAGAGCCAAAAUUUAAGACAACUUGUUUACUGAUUCUUCGUUUAUAAAUAAGCACAUUUUUCUCAAUUUUAAUAAAAAAAUUAAUGUACCUAUACAAUAAAAAAUACAGUAAGUUUUAA